UGUGGCAACACUAUAAAAUGCAAGAAAAUCAUUUAUAAAUUGACUUGUGUAUUACAUGUUUGGUGUGAUUUCGUGUUAAAUUUCAAUAAAUUUAAAAGAUGAUGAGCCGUAAAAGACGUGCUAGUUCGAUAUCCAGUAAGCAGGAUGAGGAUCCUUUACAAAUGGAUGAUUCUACACCGGAGCAAUCGCCAGUUCUACAAACUUCAGUACGUAAAAAACGCCGGCCAGACCCAAGUGAAUUGUGCCAGCAGCUGUACGAUUCAAUACGAAGCAUUAAAAAAGAAGAUGGCGCAUCACUGUGCGACACAUUUAUACGUGCGCCAAAAAGACGGCAGGAGCCCUCUUAUUACGAUAUAGUUACCAAUCCUAUUGAUUUACUUAAAAUUCAACAGAAAUUGAAAACAGAUUCAUAUGACGAUAUAGAUGAUUUGAUGCAAGAUUUCGAACUUUUGGUGAAGAAUGCUAAGGCAUUCUACAAGCCGGACACAGUUGAGCAUCAGGAUGCGCAAGCACUUUGGCAGUAUAUACUUGUUAGUAAACAUAGAAUAUUGGAUUCCAAUGGUAUUGUAGAAGAAGAACCUAGAACAAAACGUCUCUCCCGGAAUCCCAGACGUUUGACUGGUUCCACCAGUAACAAUGGUUCAAUCGAAGUUGAUAACGAAUCUACACGUCUUGAUGAUGAUGUGAAUCCCUACGAAGAGCUUUUUGCCGUAGUCAUGAACGCUGGGGAUCCGACCAUGGGUGAUCGACCUCUUCAUCGGAUGUUCCUUUUACUACCGUCUAAAAAAAUGUAUCCCGAUUAUUACGAUGUUAUUGAACAUCCAAUAGAUUUAAGAUUAAUAGCUACUAAAAUUCAAAUGAAUGCAUAUUCGAGUCUUGUAGAAAUGGAACGCGAUCUUUUACAAAUGACAAAGAAUGCUUGUCAAUUUAAUGAACCCGGUUCACAAAUCUAUAAGGAUGCAAAAACUUUAAAACGUCUUUUUACACAAAGGCGUAUGGAAAUUGAGAGUGGUAAAAUCAAACCAUCACGUCGCGUAAAAACAUUAUCAAGUGCAGCAAUUUCUGCUAUGAAGGAAGAAGUUGAUAGUUCUGAUGACGAAGAAACAAGCAAAAAAGGUGAAGGACCCAUGUGGGCACUUUUUGAUCAUUUAUAUAAUGCGCCCGGUUCUUCGGAACAUCCUGGCGCAACAGGUCCCCCGUUGGGUACAUCAUUAUGGAAACUACCAGUACGUCGUUUUCAUCCCGAGUACUUUGAACUCAUCAAACGCCCUAUAUCGAUGUGUCAAAUACAUACUAAACUAAAGAAAGGAGAUUACGCUAAUAUUAGCGAUCUUACGGCUGAUCUCUGUCUUAUGUUAGAUAAUGCAAAGAAAGCCUUUCCACCAUCCCAUCGUACGCACAAGGAUGCAGUAAAGAUGUUAAAAAUCAUGAAUACUAAGUUAGUUGAAGAGUCGCUUGAACCGGAAACUAGCGAUAUGGAUGAUGACGGUGAUAUUGAUGGAGACGCGGAGGAUACAUUGAUAAGCAAUCGUGACACACCACGCGAGAAGAAGAAAGGCCGCCCACGUAUCAAUUCUAAUAACACAAGUGCGCCCAAUACACCACUCAGUAAUUCACCAAAGGCCAGUAGGAUUCCAAUAAAUGCUGUUAUAAAGAAAAAAAUCUUAAGCAUACAAAAGUAUUUGGUUGACUUCACGCUUGGAAAUCGCAGGCCCAUUGAAUUGUUUAUGGAGAAACCACCCAGGAAAGUUUACCCCGACUACUAUGACAUUAUACAAAAUCCCAUUGAUAUGAACACAAUUGAACAUAACAUACGUUGUGACAAAUAUGCCACAGUGGAAGAUGUAGUGGCGGAUUACCGCCUCAUGUUUUCCAAUUGUAGACAAUAUAAUGAAGAGGGCUCCACAAUAUAUGAAGAUGCGAAUAAUUUAGAGCGAGCAUUGAAUGAGAAACUAAGAGAAUUCCCUGGCUUAGCGGACAUUAAGAAGCCGCCACAGAAAUUGGGCAAACCCAGUGGACGCAGAAAAACUGUUGUUGUUGAUAAAUUGUGGCAGUUUUAUGAGAAUAUAAGGGAAUAUCAAGAACCGAAAGGAAAGCGACAAUUGUCUUUAAUAUUCACCAAGCUGCCAUCUAAGGGUGAGUACCCGGAUUACUAUGAUAUUAUAAAGGAACCAAUCGAUAUGGAGCGUAUUGCGCAAAAACUAAAACAAGGCACUUACGAGAGCGUAGAUGAGUUGGCAGCUGACUUUUUAUUGAUGCUUGAGAAUGCUUGCAAGUACAAUGAGCCAGACUCACAGAUAUACAAAGAUGCGCUUGUAUUACAGCAAUUGACACUCCAGUUGAAACAGAGCUUACGAAAUGAACAAUCUUCUACACCAGAUGUAUCACUGGCUGUACAAGAAGUGUUACUCAGCUUGUUUACCCAGUUGUACAAUCACCAAGAUGAGGCUGGACGAUGCUAUUCGGACUCCUUAGCUGAGGUCCCAGAAUAUGAUGAACUUACAGAUGGCACCGGUAAAAUGAGUAAAAUUCGUGGAAUUUCAUUAGAUUUAAUAAAACGACGUUUGGAUAAACUGACCUAUAAGCGUUUAGAUAUUUUUCAAGAAGAUAUCUUUUCAUGUCUCGAAAGAGCACGACGUUUAUCCCGUACGGAUUCUGACGUAUUCCAGGAUUCAAUUGAACUCCAGAUGUUCUUCAUAAAAAAGCGUGAUGAAUUGUGCAAAGAUACCUUCAGCUCACCAGCGCUACUCUACACGGCACAGAAUUUAGCUGCGGAGGUGGAGAUAAUGCGUCAACAGAAAGUCGCGCAAGAAGAUCAAGACCAGGAGGACAAAGACGAUUUGGAUACUGCUGCAAUGCAAGGCGAAAGUAUGACCAUCAAUCAGAAAGUAUUUUCGCCUGGAGAUUUUGUCUACUUUCAGCUGCCAGAGAAUAAAAUACCCAGCAUUGCAUACAUUGAACGCCUUUGGACAACAUCAGAUAAUGUGAAGUGGAUGCACGGUUCGGUGUUCUUACGUCCACACGAAACGUAUCAUGUGACAACGCGUAAAUUUCUCGAAAUGGAGGUGUUUAAGAGCAGCGUGUCUCAGACAAUACCGAUGGACAAGGUGCUUGGCAAGUGUUAUAUAAUGCACAUUAAAGAUUAUAUUAAAAUGCGUCCAGAAGGCUACGCAGAUAAGGAUGUAUUUGUGUGUGAAUCACGGUAUAACGGUCGUGCACGUUGUUUCAAAAAAUUCAAAAUUUGGCCUUUCGUACGCGAAAACGAUCCCGUACGUUUUGUUGCCAGAGAGGAGCCUUUAGAACUACGCAGAGUUAUGUCGGUAUUUAAAGAACGCAUUGAGAAACAUAAAGGCGAAUUGGAAGAGCUUAAAUUACAAGAAGCAUUAGUGGAGAAGGAAAAGCCGAACGUUGUAUGCGAUGCACCACCGAUAAAUGCAGAGCCGAACAGCGUUUACUAUCAGCAAUUUAACACGAUUUGCAGUGGCGCGGUUAAAAUCGGCGAUUUCGUAUAUGUGGCUACGCAAAGUGGCAAACAGUCGAUUGCACAAAUUCAUCAAAUAUGGGAAAACGGUACUAAAUCAUAUUUUAAAGGACCCUGGCUCUUGACGCCCAGCGAGAUAGUAUCGCCAUCAAACAAACAAUUUUAUCGCCAAGAACUUUUACUAUCGACCGUUGAGGAUGUUAGCCCAUUAAUUGCCAUUGUUGGACGCUGUGCUGUUUUGGAAUAUACCGAUUACAUAAGUAGUCGUCCGACUGAGAUACCAGAGUGCGAUGUCUACAUUUGUGAGUCUGUUUACGACGAAUUAAGGAAGUCAUUACGUAAACUCAACACACCUGGCGGCCUACGUAAAUUCCAACAUAGUUCGGCAGUGACACAGGAUGAGAUAUUCCAUUUUAAAACUCCUAUCAAGCCAAUUAAAGAUGUAAAAGGUGCUGAAGCCCAGGAAAAUUUGGCUUUGCUUGAGGACUCGCUAGACGGUAAUCCACCGUCAGUCAAUUCGGAUAUAGCAGCAAUAUCAUCGCCUGCACCUUCUGUAUCGUCUACACCGAUAUCGUCGAAAGUCAAAAACAAAACAACUAAAAAGAGCCUUACCGGUUAUAUACUUUAUUCCAGUGAGGUGCGCAAAGGUAUUAGCCAGAGUAAUCCAGAUGCUUCAUUUGGCGAUAUUUCACGUAUGGUGGGCACGGAAUGGAAGAAUUUGCCGGCAAGUGUCAAACAGAGUUGGGAAGAUCGUGCUUGCCGCUUAAAUGAGGAGUCAGCUGCACGCCGUGAAAUAGAUGAAAGUUUAAAUUGUGCUGGUGGUGCUGCAAGCGGUAGCCCCGGACCGAACGAUCAGCAGAAUGGUCAUAUAUUUGAAUGCCUCUGGGAUAAAUGCGAUUAUCAAUUUGAAGAUGCUGUCGACUGUAUGGAGCAUUGCAUACAAGAUGGCAUCGGUCACAUUCAACGCACCGCAAUGCAAGGCAACGAUACUGAAUUCACUUGCUUAUGGCGCAAUUGCAUUCGCAUGAAGAAGAAUAUGCAGGCAUUUCCGUCACUGUCGCGUCUCAUUAAACAUGUACGUGAGGUACAUUUAAAUAAAGGCGGUAAAAUUCUACUACCAAAUGAACGCAGCAAAAAUUUUGUACCAAGAAAAAAUCAAAAAACUACACAAGUCAUGCAGCUAAAUACACAAUCACAUCAAGUGACAUCACAUUCGGUUAUGUCACCACGUGGUGCCAGUGGCAAUGGGGUUGAGAAUGGUGCUGUGUCACAGUAUCCAAUGCAGGUUUUGGGACCACCGCCAGAGCCAAUGUUUGUAACAGUGCCACCGAGGCCUCAACGCGUACUGCAUUCCGAGGCAUAUAUUAAAUACAUUGAGAAUUUGCAAAACACAUCAAACUCACCACAGAAGCCUACGUGGAAGAGUGCAGUGAAGACGGCAACUCCGGCCAAUGUGUCCAUUAAGCCGGGUACCGCAUUGCCUGCCAAUUGGUUGGGCAAAUAUGCUGAGGGAAAUACUACUGACGAUGUUGUGACAGCACUAUGUCAUUUGCGCAAUUUCAUGAUGGACGAUGCACUACAAAUUAAACGUAGUUGCUACUAAGUAUAUUAUUUUUGACCAUAAAAACACCAUUAUCAUAUGGAACACAUAUUUUAAUUAAUAAUAAUAUUGUAAUUUGGCCUCGUACAUAUAUAAUAAUGUAUGCAUGUGGUUAAGAAACUGCUAAAAUACAUUUUUUGUAUUACGAGCUAUUUUCAUUUGCGUUUAGCGAAAAAUACAAACAACAGUUUUUUUUCAACAGAUCGUUAUUUGACAUACAUAUUCACAUUUUUUAUAUACAGAUAUAAUGGUUACUACCGAAUUCCUAAACAUUUACUUAUACUAUAUAUACAAAAUUGACAUGGUUUUUACCUAUUAUACUUUCAUAUUGACAAUUUGUUACUUUUAAAACAUUAAUUCAUUUACUAUUAUUGAUAUUUCCACAUUAGUAAAUAUGUAGUGUAUACAUAUGUGCAAAUAUCGUAUUUUACUUAUUCAAUAAUG